AUGAAGAAGGUAAUAGGACAGAGUACAAAACAGGAGCGCGAGAUUUCCAAGCUACGACACCUUAUUGACCGCAUCCAAGCUGAGCGUAAGCAGCUCGAGCAGCAGGCCAUCAGCAACAGGGACUACGCCAAGAAGAUCGAGCAUCGCUUUUUCAUGGGCACCAAAGGCCAGUCGCUAGCUCAGUGCAACCUCGAGCUCAGCUCCCGGUUACGAGCUCUGCAGGAUACCCUCAAGAAAAAGGAUCAGGCGUUGAUGCAAACUGAGCAGGAACGUGAUGAAGCGCGCGAUAAACUUGCAGUCGUCCAACGCGCUCUGGACACGAGGCUCGAGUCGUACCAGCUGAACGGCAGCUUGCAUACAGGCCUGCUCUUCGAGAUCUCAAAGCUGCAAGACCAUAGUGAGGCGUUAGCUCUGCAACUCGCACAGGAGCGGAAGCAAAUGUCAGCGCUGGGGGGCCAACUGAAGAAGUCGCAGAAGCGCGAGGAAGAGCUGGAGGAUGCGCGAACAGUUCGGGAGACCUGGAUAGCAACAAUGGAGAAGGAACGUGCUGCGCUCGACGAAAAGCUGGCUCAGCUGUCUGGUGACGUGCAGACCGCAGCGUGUGAAAAGGCUACACUACUCCGCUUUAUCCACGAGCAAGCUGAGGCCAAGUUCCAACUGGAAGCUCGACUCAAGGACGAGCAGGCGCAACGGCGCCAGGAAAUUGAGAGGGCGCAGCACGCGCUUAAGCUCUGGGAGGGGGAAAUACAGCAGCUCAAGGCCAGUUUGCAGUCUGCUCGACAGGAUUCUGAACGGCAGCGAGAGGAAUUCGAUCGCGUCAUGGCCACACUGCGAGAGCAGCAGGAGGUCAACUCGAAGCAGCGAGCACGGGAGGCAGAGAUGAAACUGGAGCUGGAACGGCUUGAAGGUGCUCGAAAGAAGUGCGAGGAUGAUUUCUUAGCAGCUAAAGACGUUUGUCGCGAGCUUCAGUCUACUGUCGAACAGCACGAGGAAACUGGACGCCAGCUGCGCUCAGAGAUCGACGCACUAGAGACAACUCGACGCGAGUUGCUUGGACAGAUCGAGACGAAGCAAGCUGAGGAGCGUGCUCUUCGUAAGGCGAUGGAGGGCGCUCUCCAAGACUUGGCGGCUCUGUCCAAGCAGCGGAACGAUGCAGCGAAGGCCAUGAGCGAAGCUGUGACGAUUAGCGCGUCUUCGCUUGAAGAACAGCAAGCGCUGGAGCGCCAGGUGGAG